CUUGAGCAUGUCCAUCCUAUUCCAAGUACUUGCCUUUACUGCGUCAGAUAGGUAUAUCCAAAACCGCAAGGAGGGUAACGACAUAACAUCCUUGGACGAAGCCAAAGUCACUGCUGCAAAGAAGUCGUUCACUGAACAAGGCUGUCUAGGCGUCUAUCAUGGACUUCGCCUCGAGGAUGGCACAACGGGGUAUCUCUUCACAGUCUGGAAAUCUCUCGACCAGCUCCGCGCUUCCACCUCCGCUAUAACCGCAUUCGUCGACAUCCUGGGCUCCGUGCCGCCCCUCUCACAGCAGAGCUUCACCAUCACCGGCGAACACCCGCUGUCCGCCCUGCACGCGCCUGUCACCGAGCUCGUCGUUCUCACGCCGCACAAGAGGCAGGACGGUCUCACGGCGCAGGAGGAUAACGGGCUCACGCCGCACGAAGUCGAGGAUGGUCUCACACUGCACAAGGCCGAGGAUGGUCUCACACCGCACAAGGCAAAGGCGCUCAAGGAGAAGGACGGUCUCACGCCGCUCGAGGAGGCUGGUGCGCAAGCUCUCGCCGGCAUGCGCACCGUCGCCUCCGAGCUCGCCAAAGUAGGUGCCGAGUCGUUCUGGGGCCCAUGUGUCGAGGAACCGCAGGUCUGCGGCAUGAUCUGCGGGUGGGAGAGUAUGGAGGCACAUCAAGCGACAGUGGGCCAGCCGCCAUUCUCAACGCUCAUCGGGUCGAUUGCAGCUAUAGCUGACAUCGGCUACGGGCACGCGAAACUGGAGAAGAUCGCUUGAUAGGGUGUCGAAGGAAAAAUGAGAUGAUAACGAAGGAAGGAUGAAAUGAAAACGAAGAAGGAUGAAAUAACAACGAAGGAACUUCUAUACGAGUACAUACAGUCGCAAGAGUCCUAGGGCGUAUGCGCGCCCAGAUGAAUGUCCGUCGGCCCCUCUAAGGUCUAUAUGGCCGUCGCUCCUCUAUUUACUAAAGCGCCUUAUGAAUCUCUAUACCGCGAGGUGCGCCGAGGGCUGUCUUAAACGCGUCGUACAUGAGGAACUGAGACGACACCAGACCCGCGGUCAUAAUCAUACGCGGUCCCAGC